CACGCCGGCCCGAACGCACCCAUCGCAUCUCGCGGCGCCCCGAAUCGUGCACUGCCUGCCUGCGCCGACGCUCGCGACCCGCGACCUCGCUCUGGGGGGUGUGUCGCCCCGUCCGGAGAGGUAGCAGGCUCCCGCUGCUACCUACUAUGGCACUGGUAGCGCCACCUUCCAACGAUCGCAAGCGCGUCAAGGUCUACGAGCUCAAGAACAAUGACUGGUUCGAUCGCGGGACGGGCUUCUGCAGGGGUGUCUUUGUGAAUGACGAAGCGAAGAUCCUCGUCGCGUCCGAAGACGACCCCUCGCGCCAGCUCCUCGAGACCAGAAUAUCCAAGGACGACGGCUACCAGAAGCAGCAAGAUACCCUCAUUGUGUGGACCGAGCAGAAUGGCACCGACAUGGCCCUCAGUUUCCAGGAGCCGGAGGGCUGUGGAAGUAUAUGGGAAUUUGUGAACGACAUGCAGGCGCGUUUGCAGGAGAGGGCCGCCCAGGAUGAUGGUCUCUCAGACGACAUUGGCGAACACAUGAGCCCGAUCAUGUUACCGCCGCCCGACUUGGGCAACUUGCACGAGAUCGAAAACCAUAUGCGCGCCGCGAACAGUACCCCCGGCGGUCGUGAAGCUCUUGCCAAGUUCGUGCUCUCGCAGUUGUACAUCCCGAAGCUCAUCCCACUCGUGGAGAUGGCAGAAGAUCUAGAGAGCGCCUCGGACCUGCAUCGCUUGUGCAGCAUCAUGAAGAUGCUAAUCUUGCUCAACGACACCGCCAUCAUCGAAUACGUGGUUACCGACGACAUUGUGCUUGGCGUGGUCGGUGCUUUGGAGUACGACCCGGACUUUCCGUUGCACAAGGCAAACCACCGACAAUACCUCGCCGACGAAUCAAAGUUCAAGGAGGUCGUCAAGAUCCAAGACGAGAACAUCAAACGGAAGAUCCACUACACAUAUCGACUUCAGUACCUCAAGGACGUUGUUCUAGCGCGCAUUCUGGAUGAUCCCACAUUCUCCGUCUUGAACUCUCUCAUCUUCUUUCACCAAGUCGAUAUCGUACAGCAUUUGCAAGCGAACCAGCCGUUCCUCAAGGAGCUGUUUGGUAUCUUUGGGCCAGCGGAACAAAACAUGCAGAGGAAGAAAGAUGCAGUGCUAUUUAUUCAGCAAUGCACCUCAAUCGCCAAGAGUCUACAGGCGCAGAAUCGGGCGCAGCUUUACCAGAACUUCAUAAACAACGGACUUCUGGAUGUUAUACAAUAUGCGCUCAAGCACCAAGAUGCUUCGGUACGCGUGGCAGGCACCGAUAUUUUGGUCUCGCUCAUCGACCACGAUGCGCUGAUGGUUCGAAGCUACAUCUUCAAAGCGAUACAAGAGAAGUCGAAACCGUUGACCGACACCCUCAUUGAACUUCUCCUCAUAGAGGUCGACCUUGGAGUCAAAUCCCAGAUGGCUGACGCUAUCAAAAUCUUGCUCGACCCCAACGCCAACUCGGCGUCAAUCGAGGCGCUGGGCCGAUCCAACAGUGAUUUUCUCGCAAAGGUCCGAGGACAGCUCCCUCCGCUGCCACAGACAGACACCUUCAUACAGAACUUCUACGAUGAAUCUGCUAGGAAGCUGUUCCAGCCGCUCAAGGAUCUUGAAGGCCGAGAGUCCAUGGAUAACCUCACGAUACAGCAGAUCAAUCUGUAUGUUCAUUUGGUGGAAGUGCUGUGCUUUUUCAUACGACAGCACUCGUUCCGAAGUAAAUAUUUCAUUCUCUCGGAAGGCCUGGCAGCACGAGUAGCGCAGCUGAUGGAUUGUCCGGAAAAGCACCUGAAGCUGACUGCUCUGAAAUAUUUCCGCUCCUGUAUCGGCCUGCAUGACGAGACGCAUAACCGACAGAUCAUUCAGCAUCAACUUUUCGAGCCGAUCCUGAAGAUACUUUUCGACAACAUGACAAGGGAUAACCUCCUCAACUCUGCUUGCCUGGAAUUGUUCGAAUUCAUCAAACGCGAAAACAUCAAAAUCCUCGUUCAGCACCUGGUCGAGACGUAUCGCGAAAAGCUGCAAACGAUUACUUAUGUGGAUACGUUCCAGAACCUUAUCCUACGCUACGACCAAAUGCACGAACCCGUGACCACCCAGGAACUCGAGGCAUCUUUCACCAGCGUUGACAGCGAUACACCUGCACGACAGCAGCUGAGCAUGGUCAACGGCGGAAAGUGGGGCGUUGGUUUGAAAGAGGUCGACCCGGAUGAGGAAGCAUAUUUCAAUGGCUCCGAUGAAGAGGAUGACUUCGUACCGAACGUCGCGAAGCCAGUCAACGGCGCGUCUCCUGUUCGUCCCUUGGUCAACUACCAAGACGACGAUGAAGGGGACGACGAAGUCGACGACCUUGCUGCGGCAGCACCUUCCGUACUACCGCAGAGCGUAUCAACGACCAGCCCGAAGCAAGAAGCACCGGCCGCAUCGAAGUCUCCACCCGAGCGGAUAUCUGAGAAACGUAGAAGAGAAGACGACGAAGAAGAUGAGCUGCUCAUCAGCCUAUCGUCCAGUGGCACUGCGAAACGCCGCGCAUCACUCAACAGUAAUUCCAGCGCCGGUAGUCUCCGAAGCUUGCGUCGAAAGAGCCCCAACAUCGCCUCGGCAAAAGACAGUGGAGGAGGGCCAAAGAAGAUAUCGUUAUCCAUCCCGCUCAAGUCUGGCGGGGAAGGCGGCAACGGUGAAUAGAAGUCAUUCCUGCGCCAGAACCCCUCAAAUUAACAUUUCUGCUGCUACCUUUUCACGAGAUACCCCUGGAACGGGAAUGAGUUGUAUGAC